CCGCCACCGCCACCAUGGGCGAGGGCAGCCGGGUGUGCUCGGGCUACUACGGCCUCAACCGCAGCUUCGUGGAGCCCUUCGCGUGCCCGCGGCGCGGCGAGGGCGCCUCGCUCGUCUACUGCUGCGGCUUCGCCGACCUCAAGUACUGCUGCAGCGAGCCGGGCAGCUACUUCCCCUACAAGCACAGCUACAUGUGGAGCCUCAGCAUUGGCGCCCUAAUUGGACUGGGGAUUGCUGCUCUUGUUUUACUUGCAUUUGUCAUCAGCGUCUGUGUCCUUUGCUAUUUAUUUCUGUAUACAAAGCCUCAAAGAUUAGACAGUGGCCUUAAACUUCAACAUCUAGCCACUUCUCCUACUCAAGAAGGUAACUCAGAUAGAAAAACCAAAGCCCCCAAUUCAAAUGCAGCAUCAAAUUCAACAAAUGAAACAGCCUAUGAAACUGAAGAUAUAAUUCAAGAAAAAACAGUGGAUCACACAACACAAAUCAGCAUUGCUUAUUAAAUGAAAACUCCGUGUUGUAAAAGAUGGAGCAGUACAAAUAAAGAGAGCAUUUCAAAUACCAUUUGGCUUCAUUCUUUUAAAAAUAUUCACCACUCACAUUCACAAGUUUGAUGGCUCAAUUAAUUUAUUAAACAACCAGAGUGGAUAUAUUAUAAAAGUUAAUAUUCAA